CAUCACAUCCUCCUCACUAAGGGGCGCUGUGUCCCAGCUGCUCAGUCCAACAUCACAUCCCUCAUCUUCACCCCGGCAGCCAGCGGCUUCACAUCCGGGCGGCUCUCUCGCUCCUCUUCAAUCGCAAUCCGCUUCCCUUCCCUGCGCUUUCGACCGGGGAGGUCUGUGGCUGCAGAAGAAACCCCUGAAUCCCGGGCCCUCCGUCGGCGUCUGGCACCGGGCCCCUGAGGCGCUGCUUCCCCGCACAGCCGGUCGCACAUGACGCGGGCUCCGCCGAUGGUGGUGCACGGCGCCGAGCGCUCCCCGUCGGUGCGACAUCUACGCGCUGAAGUAGCAUCGCUGGCUAACGUUAGCUAACAACAUCGAUCUCUCUGCUGCUCCAUCCCCUCUCCCUCCGGCCGACCUCCGCUACCGAUCCGUCUCAUCAACAGUUGAUUGAUAGCUAACACCGGACCACCGAGGCAAUCCCCCCUCCCCGACCGGCUAGCGCAGGAAGCGAACCAGUUUCCAUCCUUAACAUUUCGGAUUUAGGGCCCGCAACGACAGUUGCUUCAGAGUUUUAACCCGUGAUAUUUAGAUCACCGACCCCUUUCCUCCUCCUCCGUGGCCUUUUAGGGGUCUGUUUUCUCUACCUCAACAUCCCGAUGCCUCCCCGCCCGUGUGUAACCUCAGCUGCACUAUCACCCCGACUCUGAUCAGCCUCCUCCCGAGCCUCACCGACAUCGGCUCUGCUGCUUCUGACAAUCCAACCGAGGAGCGCUGCUCGGCGGGCACUGAUUGCUGCGACCCCCCGGCGGUUCUCUCCAUCCCUGUCUCCCUUUUCUCUCAGUCUGGCUGCAGAGUGAAGCUAGCUGGCUGACCUCUUCUACUUCACACACGCACAGUCAGCAAAUCCAGUUACCGGUCUCUCCCCUACAACCCCCUCCAGUUUGUCCCUGACCCCCAACCCCCCGCCCCAGCAGAUCUCCGUGACACACGCACCACAGUGCCCGAGCCGCGGGUCUCGUCAUGCCGGGUCCGGUGGCUGGUAGCAAGUCCCGUGUGUACGCAGACGUCAAUACACUGAAGAGCCGGGAGUACUGGGACUACGAGGCCCACGUACCCAACUGGAACAACCAGGAGGACUACCAGCUGGUUCGAAAGCUGGGCAGAGGGAAGUACAGCGAAGUGUUCGAGGCCAUCAACAUCACCAACAAUGAGAAGGUGGUGGUCAAGAUCCUGAAGCCGGUCAAGAAGAAGAAGAUCAAGCGAGAGAUCAAGAUCCUGGAGAACCUGCGAGGAGGGACUAACAUCAUCCGGCUGGUGGACACAGUCAAAGACCCAGUGUCCAGAACUCCAGCGCUCGUCUUUGAAUGCAUCAAUAACACAGACUUCAAGGAGUUGUACCAGAAGUUGACAGAUUAUGAUAUCCGUUUCUAUAUGUAUGAACUACUGAAGGCUCUGGACUACUGUCACAGUAUGGGAAUCAUGCACCGUGACGUCAAACCGCACAAUGUGAUGAUCGACCACCAGUUGAGAAAGCUACGCCUUAUAGACUGGGGAUUGGCAGAGUUCUACCACCCGUCCCAGGAGUACAACGUCAGAGUGGCCUCUCGAUACUUCAAAGGCCCAGAACUCCUGGUGGACUACCAGAUGUACGAUUACAGUCUAGAUAUGUGGAGCCUGGGCUGUAUGCUGGCCAGUAUGAUUUUUCAGAAAGAGCCCUUCUUCCAUGGACAAGACAACUAUGACCAGUUGGUGCGAAUUGCCAAGGUGCUGGGGACAGACGAGCUGUUCGGCUACCUGCGUAAAUACCACAUUGAGCUGGACCCGCGCUUCAAAGACCUGCUGGGACAGCAGAGCAGGAAGCGCUGGGAACAGUUUGUGCAGACGGAGAACCAGCACCUGGUGAGUCCUGAAGCUCUGGACCUUCUGGACAAGCUGCUACGCUACGAUCACCAACAGAGACUGACUGCCACAGAGGCCAUGGAGCACCCCUACUUCUACCCAGUAAUAAAGGAGCAGUCUCUGGCAAACUCUGACAACAACAUGGUAUCCAGCGGCAACACUACAGCGCGAUGAAACACAGAAGUGGAAGAAGAUGUUUGUUACCUCAGCUUUGUACCCGGUUGUGACAGUAACUUUGACAAGUGUACAGUGACAAUGGAUCAAAGUGACUCUGAGCAGUUACACUCACAGAUAUGUGCAUACGGAUACACACAUCUAUAUACACACACACAUUGAUGCAAGCUCACCUCUAUACAAACACACAUGCAGACACGUAUACAUACACCCUCCUCCUCUGUAUCAGUCUGUGAUUGGCUUGUCCUGGUUCUUGUCCAGCAGCCUGACCAAUGAGCUAGAAGCUGCUCCCCCCCCCAUCGUCCCCCAAAUCGUCUUUUUCCUCCCAGCUCAGUCUCAUGUAGGUCAACAAGGACAAACUACUUUUAAAGACAAUUCAGUCCCUCCUCUCUGUCGUCCCUCCUUUAUAUCGUCCCCUCUUUGUUUGCAUCAGCAUGGAGAAUGAACCGGAGCAGUGAGCCUGUACAAGUCCUCCCCCCCUCCCGACCUGUUCAUCCGUCUGUCUGCCCCCCUCCUCCCCAUCCUGUACCCCAACAGACAGACAGACGUCUUAGCACUACUCCAGUUCUGAAAGUGGCAUGGUGGACUCUAGAUAGAAGAAUGAUGAUGAUGAUGAUGAUGAUGAUGAUGAUGAUGAUGAUGAUGAUGAUGAUGAUAAUAAUAUUAAUGAAAAAUAAAUGAUUUUUAUUUAGAUGAA